AUGCCGUUCUCUGUUCCUCUGCAUUCCCCCCUGCACCUGCGAAAGCUGGCGGACAUACACCGGCUCGGGAGGAACCAGCGGCUCGAGAAGUGUUCGCUGCCGCCGGACAACGUGAGGUAUUGCUGCGGUCACUUCCAGACGUCCACCGGCUUCUUCGGCGGAAUGUUGCACCCAGGCCGGCUGGUCGCACGCCAGGACCGCACACGUUGCGUGUUGCUGCGGCGCGCGGCCUACGACAACCUGGGCCGACGGGAUCCCGCCGCCUUCGAGGCUUUGAACGUGUACCUCACGAAGAAGCGCUUCGCGCUGUCCUCUAUCGCGCGCGGCGACACGCCGAAGCUGCCCCUCUAG